AACACAAAAGGAAUAAAAGAAAAAAACAGAGAGAAAGUGGCGUCUGUCGUCGCGCGAUGGAAGCACUAAGUUUUCAGUGCGGUGGAACACAUCACAUCACUGAUCUAUGUGUGUGUAUAAAUAUGAAUAUGUUCUCAACUUGUUAAAUUAUCAUCUGAAUUCAAUUGAUCUUGAAGAAAGAAAUAUAAUAAUGGGGAUGAUGAGAAAGCACAGCAGAGCAGUCGGGGCAAUGGUGAUUAUUCAGAUAACGUGUACAGGAAUGACCCUUUUCUCUAAAUCCGCCAUUUCCAGAGGCAUGAAACCUUCCAUUUUUGUUGCUUAUCGUCAAGCCUUUGCCACUCUCGCCUUGGCUCCUUUUGCUCUAUACAUUGACAGGAAAAACCAACCUCCCCUGGCAUGGUGGGAGUACUUCAUACAAGGAUUUUCUACUCCGUAUUUCAAAAUAAAGUUCAUUAUAAUAAAUAUUUGUUAUUCAUAUUAUGUUCCUCUCUUUUGCACAGUUUGUAGUAUAUUUUGUCAUAAAUUAAAGACGAGUUUAUAUAUCAAGCAUAUAUUAGUCGUCAUCUUCAAUCAAUUAGCUAAAAAAGUACUCCUUAUAUACAUCCGAUUUUGGCUGUAGUAGUGUUUGGUACUCCCUCCGUCCCAAAAAAUUGUUCUUAGUUUCCUUUCGGGUCGUCCCAAAAAAUUGUUCCACUUUCUCCUUUUGGAAAGUUUUGUGUGGUUCACAUUCAUUUACCUUUUUCUUACACAACUACAAUCAUACAUUUCCACUUUAUUCCCACUUUCUUAAACUCCGAUCCAAGUCAAUGCGGGAACAAUCUUUUGAGACGGAGGGAGUAUAUAAUUGGAUUAAUAAAACGAAUACAUGAAAAGCAAGAAUAAGAAAUGUACGUGAGCAAGAAUUUUGUGGUUCGUCUUUUUCGGAAAAAAAAUUCUAUUUGUACUCAAAAUCUGUAGCCAUUUAACAUAUAUAUCUACGUAAUUGUUUCCACACUCGGAGAAUUAGGAUGUUUUCUUUUGGACUGAAAUUUGUUGGUCUGGUCUGGUUUGGUCUGAUCUGGUCUGGUCUGGUGUGGUCUGGUCUGGUCUAAUCUGGUCUGAUCUGGUCUGGUCUGGUCUGGUCUGGUCUGGGACUGAAAACAAUCCAAAAGAAAACAUAUUGUUUGUGUAGGGAGAUAAUAAGGUAUAAAUGUAUGUGAAGUGUGUACAAAUUUUGUCUAACCAGCCAUUAUUGUUUUUUGAAGAGGAACAAACAUUUACUCUGGUGAUCUUAAAUUAGUGCAGAGUGAACCUGAGCCUGAACCUGUUUUAUGCCGGAUUGAAUUAUGUAUCUGCCACAUUUGUUACCGCUGUUACCAACACUAUUCCUGCUAUGGUAUUUGUCAUAGCAAUUUGUUUAAGGUUGGAAAGGCUGGGGAUAAGAAAAAGUGAAGGAAAAGCUAAAGUGGUGGGGUGUAUCUUGAGUCUUCUUGGGGCCAUGGUCUUUACUUUUUAUAAAGGGCCUGUGCUAUAUCCAACUACUACACAUGAAGAAGCAAUGCAAAAGUCGCACCUUUCUGUAAAGACGCCUGCAUAUAGUAAAGAAGACUGGAUAAGAGGUUCUGUUCUCAUUCUUGGUGCUAACUUGACCUGGUCACUAUGGCUCAUCAUGCAGGCUCCGCUGAUGAAGCAAUAUCCAGCAAAGCUGCGGCUGGUAACGCUUCAGUGCACCAUUUGUUGCUUAAUGUCAACACUGUGGGGUGCCUUUGAAGAGAGGGAUUUAUCAUCAUGGAAACUAGGCUGGGACAUCAAUCUUCUCUCUGUCGCAUAUUGUGGAAUAGUGGUGACUGGGAUAUCAUAUUGGCUACAAGCAUGGGUUGUGGACAACAAAGGCCCAGUGUUUGCAAGCAUGUUCAGUCCAUUGGCGCUUAUAUUGACUGCCUUCUUCUCAACUCUUUUCUUCAAGGAAACCCUUCAUUGCGGCGGCGUGUUGGGAGCAGUAUUGCUGGUGAUGGGACUAUAUGGUUUUUUGUGGGGAAAGAAAAAGGAAACUAAAGAUAUGGCAGCGAGUGAGCCCAUCAAGUCCAAUAACCAAACCAAAGAUACAAGAGUUGAGCUGGAUACAAUAUCAUGCACAUCAGCAGAAAUUGAGGUCGUCCCAGAAGCCCAAAGAAGAUGUUGCAUUUGAUCCUACAAUGCUUUCUUUUUAUAGAUAUGCCUAACUUUUGUAAAAUGUAAUCCAAUGUGAAGGCAGCUUUAUAUAUUAAGAUCAAAUAUUGCAAGUUUUGUAAUGCAUUGUGAUUAUUUAAACCUAUAAGGAUAUUGAAUACUUUAUUGUGAAAUGUGUUGAUUUAUGUGUUUAUUCAUUAUUAAUCUUGUACACACUUGUAGAUCAUGUACUAUCACACUUAUAUACUACGUAUUGUGUAGUCCAAUUUAUGAUAUUUAAAU